UGCUAUUCUUUCCUCAGCUCACGAAUGUAGUUUCCCCGUUGACUAGCGAUCCAACAGAUCCGAUGGAGGCCGCGAUUGCAUGGCUCGCGGGGACAAUCCUUGCAACUCUACUAAUCGACAAGCUGGUGGAGUGGAUUCGCCAGGUCGGGCUCGCCGACGACGUUGAAAAGCUCAAGUUUGAGAUCCAGAGAGUGAACAGGGUGGUCUCUGCCGUGAAUGGGAGGGCGGCCAGGAACCAGCCGCUGGCUGAUUCUCUCGCUCGUCUAGAGGAGCUGCUCUACGACGCCGACGAUUUGGUCGAUGAACUCCACUACUACACACUCCAACAGCAGGUCGAAGGAGUCACAGCGGACGACCCCGAAGUCGUACUCGUACCUGCAGCAGAGGAAGUAGAUGAUACAUCAAGGGGCAAUGCUGAUAUGCCGAGUAACCGUAGCGGCAAGAAACUGCGGUCCGAAUCAUGGAAUGAAUUUGAUGUCACAGAAAAAGAAAACGAAAAGCCUGUCAAAGCAAGGUGUAAGCACUGCCUGGUAGAGGUCAAGUGCGGAACCAAGAACGGGACAUCUGGUAUGCGGAACCAUCUGAAUGUUUGUAAGAAGCACCAGUCACAAAAUCUUUCAAGCACCGGUGAUGCUACUACUGCACAUGUGGCGCCUAUUGUAAUCGGUGAUUCAUCUAGCAGAAAAAGGAAGAGAACCGAUGAGGUGUCGGUCCAAAUCACUGCACCUAACACACACCGCCCUUCUGACAAGGCUGAAUUAUCCAGUAGGAUACAAAAAAUUACUAGUCAGCUACAAGACAUCCGAGGGGCAGUGAGUGAGGUUCUGAAUUUACUACAUGGAUCAGACUUUGCAUCAAGUUCAAAUCACCCUGCAGAUGACCACCUAGGAACAUCAAGUCUUGUAUCAAUGAUAGUGUAUGGGAGAGUAUCAGAAAAGAACUCCAUCAUGAAGUUAAUGAUGGCAGGAGACCGAUCUGACAGUGUAACUGUUCUGCCUAUCGUAGGGAUUGCAGGUGUUGGAAAGACAACUCUAGCUCAACUUGUAUACAAUGAUCCAAAGGUUGAAGAUCAUUUUGACCUCAGGAUAUGGGUUUGGGUGUCUCGCAACUUUGACAAAGUGGGGCUCACCAGGAAGAUGUUAGACUCUGUUCAGUCGGAAAGGAUAUUAGACUCUGUUCCUCAAGAAAGGCAUGAAGGACUAAACUGCUUUGCAAAGCUUCAGGAGAUCUUGAAAAGUCAUGUCACAUCAAAGAGGGUUUUACUUAUUUUAGAUGAUGUCUGGGAUGACAUGAACAUUGGCCGAUGGAACCAACUGUUGGCUCCUUUUAAGUCCAACGGUUCAAAGGGCAAUAUGAUUCUUGUGACAACUAGAAAACCAUCUGUUGCGAAAGUGAUUGGAACAGCUGAGCCAAUUAAGUUAGGUGCUUUGGAAAAUGAUGAUUUCUGUUUAUUGUUCAAAUCAUGUGCAUUUGGUGAUGCGGACUAUAAAGCUCCUGGAAAUCUAAGCACUAUCGGACGGCAAAUAGCAGAGAAGUUAAAAGGCAACCCGUUAGGAGCAGUAACUGCAGGGAAACUAUUAAGAGAUUCUCUUACUGUUGAUCAUUGGAGUAAGAUUCUCAAGAAUGAAAACUGGAAAUCGCUGGGACUCAGUGAAGGCAUCAUGCCUGCUUUGAAGCUUAGCUAUGAUGAGCUGCCAUACCAUUUACAGCGAUGCUUAUCAUACUGUUCUAUAUUCCCUAACAAAUUUCAGUUUCUUGGUAAGGAGUUGGUCUAUAUUUGGAUUUCUCAGGGGUUUGUGAAUUGCACCGGUUCAAGUAAGAGAUUGGAGGAGCAAGGAUGGGAAUAUCUGAUUGAUUUGACGAACAUGGGCUUCUUUCAGCAGGUUGGAAGAGAAGAGUCAUUUUCUUUCGAUCAGUCAAAUUGUGAAACAUGCUAUGUUAUAUGUGGUCUUAUGUAUGAUUUUGUGAGGGCGAUCUCAAAAACCGAGUGUGCAACUAUAGAUGGUUUGCCAUGCAAUGAGAUGCUGUCAACUGUGCGCCAUCUGUCAAUAGUAACUGAUUCUGCAUACAUCAAAGAUCAGCAUGGGAAGAUUCAUCGUAAUGAGAAGUUUGAAGAAAAUCUGAAAAAUAAAGUUACAUCAGUUAGUAAUUUGAGGACAUUGGUGUUACUUGGGCACUAUGACUCUUCCUUCUUUCAGGUGUUCCAAGAUAUAUUCCAAAAGGGACAGAAUUUACGCCUGCUGCAAAUUUCUGCAACUGACGCAGAUUUUAAUUCCUUCCAGCGAGGUUUGGUGACUCCCAUGCAUCUUCGUUAUCUAAAACGUGUGUCUGAUGGGUUUGAUGGGGCUUUGCCACAAGUUCUGAUCAAGUGUCUCCAUCUUCAAGUAUUAUAUAUUUCCUCAGACACCAUAUGUACGGUACCUAGUGGCAUGCAUAAUCUUCCGAGCUUGCGGCAUCUUGUUGCAGAAAAGGGAGUAGACUUUUCACCUGUUUGCAUUGCUAGCAUGACAUCGCUUCAAGAGCUACAUGAGUUUAAGGUUCAAUUUUGUUCUAGCGGCCCUGAGAUAGCACAACUCCAAUCCAUGAACAAGCUUGUACAACUUGGGUUGUCUGGACUUAAUUAUGUCAAAAGUCGGGAGGAGGCUUAUUCGGCAGGACUGAGAAACAAACAACACUUAGAAAAGCUGCACUUGUCCUGGGAGUUCUUUGGAAUGGAUGACGGUGGCCCAAGUUCUGAGCCUUCUAUGGAUACAGCAAGAGAGGUGCUUGAGGGUUUUGAACCUCAUAUGGACUUGAAGCAUCUACAGAUAUCUGGGUAUGGUAGUACUAUGUCACCAACUUGGCUUGCCUGCAGUAUCUCACUUACCUCCUUGCAGACACUUCAUCUAGAUAGUUGUGGACAAUGGCAAAUACUUCCGUCUAUGGAAUGGUUUCCACUUCUGACAAAGCUGAACUUGAGCAACCUGCCGAAAGUAAUAGAAGUAUCGGUUCCUUCAUUGGAGGAGCUAGUUUUAGUUAAAAUGCCAAAUUUAGCGAGAUGUUCAUGCACUUCCGUUGGGGGUCUCAGCUCUAGCUUAAAGGCACUGCAAAUUGAACAUUGUCAAGCACUGAAGGCGUUUGAUCUGUUUCAGAACAAUGAUAAAUUUGAAAUCAAGCAGUGGUCAUGGUUGCCUGCUGUUAGGAAAUUAAUUCUGCGUGGUUGCCCUCAAUUGGAAGUGUUGAACCCUCUUCCACCUUCAACCACCUUUUCUGAGUUACUCAUCAGCGGAGUUUCAACACUUCCGAGCAUGGAGGGAUCUUACGAAAAGUUACAUAUUGGACCUCCUGAUUUCAAUCCAUCUUCUGAGUCGAUAAAGGCUGCAGAGGUUUUGGCAUUCCAUAAUCUCACGAGCCUCAAAUUUCUGAGCAUAGGUGACAAGGAGAAUCAAAUGUCUAUUUUGUUCAAAGAUUUAAGACAUCUCGUCUCUUUAAAGAGUUUGCGAAUUCAAGAAUGCGAUAUUGUUUUCUCUUCAUGUGUUAUGCCAGAGCAUACCCGUGAAGAUGUGCCAGCUGCAAAUUGCAAUGUCUUCCCGUCUCUUCAGAGUCUCACUGUUGAAUCAUGUGGAAUAACGGGGAAGGUGCUAUCUCUGAUGCUGCAACAUUCACCAGAUCUAAAGAAAUUGGAUUUGUCUGAUUGCUCAGCUAUAACACUCUUAUCGAUAGAAGAGGAAGGAAACAGUCUAUCGAAUCUUACCUCAUACAGGGAGCCACAAGACGAGCUAUUUCUGCACAUUCCAAGUAAUCUCACAUUCACUCUCAAGGAGAUAACUAUUGCGGGCUGCCCUUGUCUAAGACUUAACGGGAGCAACAAAGGCUUCUCUGGAUUUACCUCCCUUGAGAAGCUAGAUAUCUGGGGAUGCCCCGAGCUGCUCUCGUCUUUGGUGCGUAGAGACGGAAUUGAUGACCAGGCGAACGGAAGAUGGCUCCUCCCAGAAUCACUUGGAGAACUUUAUAUCGGUGACUAUCCCGAAAAAACACUGCAACCCUGCUUUCCAAGUAAUCUCACCAGCCUUAAGAAGUUGGUACUGUGGAACGCAGAUUUGAAAUCUCUACAGCUACACUCAUGCACGGCAAUGGAAGAGUUGGAAAUUGAAAACUGUGAGUCGCUCAGUGAAGUAGAGGGCUUGCAGUCCCUUAGCAGCCUCCGAGAUUUGACAGUACUUAACUGCCCUUGCUUGCGUGAAUCACUUGGAGAACUUGAUAUCGGUGACUAUCCCGAAAAGACACUGCAACCCUGCUUUCCAGGUAGUCUCACCAGCCUUAAGAAGUUGGUACUGAGCAGAGCAGAUUUGCGAUGUCUACAGCUGCACUCAUGCACGGCACUGGAAGAGUUGGAAAUUAACUACUGUGAUUCGCUCAGUGAAGUAGAGGGCUUGCAGUCCCUUGGCAGCCUUAAGAAGUUGGUACUGAGUAGAGCAGAUUUGCGAUGUCUACAGCUGCACUCAUGCACGGCACUGGAAGAGUUGAAAAUAGAAUACUGUAAUUCGCUCAGCAUAGUAGAGGGCAUGCAGUCCCUUGGCUGCCUUAAGAAGUUGGUACUGAGUAGAGCAGAUUUGCAAUCUAUACAGCUGCACUCAUGCACGGCACUGGAAGAGUUGAAAAUAGAAUACUGUAAUUCGCUCAGCAUAGUAGAGGGCAUGCAGUCCCUUGGCUGCCUUAAGAAGUUGGUACUGAGUAGAGCAGAUUUGCAAUCUAUACAGCUGCACUCAUGCACGGCACUGGAAGAGUUGGAAAUUAGAUACUGUAAUUCGCUCAGCAUAGUAGAGGGCCUGCAGUCCCUUGGCAGCCUCCGAGAUUUGACAGUACGUAACUGCCCUUGCUUGCCUUCGUAUUUGGAGAGCUUUUCAAGGCAGUGCAAUGAGCUGCUCCCUCGACUGGGAACGCUUGUGAUCGGUGACCCAGCUGUCCUCACCACGUCAUUCUGCAAGCGCCUCACCUCCCUGCACAGCCUACAACUUAGGCUUUGGCGGACGGGAGUGACGAGACUAACGGAGGAGCAAGAGAGAGCGCUUGUGCUCCUCAAGUCCCUGCAAGAGCUCACCUUUUACGGCUGUUAUCGUCUCAUGCAUCUUCCCGCGGGGCUGCACACCCUUCCUUCCCUCAAGAGGUUGAAGAUCGAAUAUUGUUCUAGGAUCUUAAGGCUGCCGGAAACAGGCCUCCCUGAUUCGCUGGAAGAACUGGAAAUCAUAUCGUGCAGCGACGAGCUAGAUGAGGAAUGCAUGUUGCUAGCGACGCCGAUGAGCAAGCUAAAGGUCAAAAUCAUUCCACGAUGCUAAUUUUUCUUGUUGUAGUGCUUGAACUGCCGACGGGAGUAGUCAAUCUUUCUUCUGCGCUCGAGUUUUUCUGUAGUCAUCGUUCCACCUUUUCUUUGAGCUUGCUAGCCCGUGCAGCUUGUAUCUGAACAAAAUUCUCAUCAACUAUAAAAGACCUAGUACUUGGUGAACA